GGAAAGACGCAUCUCAUCGACUCAGCUGUGUUGAAGAGCCACCAGAAGCUAAAGCUAGAAAGAGCUGAGACUUUUCCUUAAUGAUCACGCACACCGUGUUCAGUUCUGGUGUCUCAUGCUGUCUGUUGUCAUAGAAACGGCCAUCAGCAGCGAGACAGAAGCCGUCCACGACAUCGCACGCAGAAGCUGCUGCUGGAGAACAAGCCAGAAUAGCUUGACCUGGUCCUGGAGCGCGAGCGAGCGAGCGAGCACAGCGGACAGGAGCUUUGAAACACACGGCCCGUCAGGACGAGAUGGAUCCGCUCGAGCGCCGCGCCGCUGAGGAGGAGCUCCAGACAUCCCAGAGGAUAAAGUGUUUGAACGACGGGGGAUACGAACUGCAAAACCAUCAGACGGCGACAGACGUGGAGAAUAACAUCACAGUGAACACACAUCCGCUGGAGACCACAGCACUGAUCAUCCAGCAUGACUGGCGAGACUUCCUGCAGACACAGGAUAUCCUGGAGAAGAGAAGCCCCUCCCCUCCCUCUCUGUCCUCAGACAAGAUGAGCACGUCCAUCAGCAUGACCACCCUAUCAGAUGGCAGCACCCCUGAUUACCGGGAGGAUGGCAUGGAUCUGGGCAGCGAUUCCUCCAGUCGCUCCAGCUCCGAGUCCAACUCCAACAAGGUGACGCCAUAA